AUGGAGAACAAGCUCAAAGUAAAACCUCCCUCAUUCAAAGGUGAUCGAUCAUCAACAAGAAAAAAUGUGAAAGUAUCAAAGGCAAAGAAAAGCAAGAAAGUAGCCAACUCAUGUAUGAAACUAGUCCAGGAUGUCUGGUUAAGCGAAGCGAAGGACAAGAGUUUUGUAUUCUCUCCUUUCUCAAGCGACAACGCUCUAGGUUUAGUAGCUUCUGGAGCAAGUGGCGAAACCUUAAAACAGAUACUAGGCUUCGUCAAUUCUAAAAGCGUUAACGAUCUGAAUUCUGUUAACUCUAAACUCAUUGAAUCCUUAUGCAAAACACGAUCUAAACCCGAACUUUCUUUCAUUAGUGGUGUUUGGAUUAAAGAAUCUUUUCCUAUAAAACCUUCAUUCAAAGAAGUUGCGACCACAAUAUAUAAAGCAAAAGCCGAAGCUGUGGAUUUCGAAAAUAAGAUAAUUUUACCUGAGCAACGAGAUGGGCUUGGUGAAAUUAUAGCAAAAGUGAGCUCUGAGCCCGCUGAUUUUCUGCAUAAAUGUGUCCCGGUCGAUCGGUCCUUAAGAGUACUCAAGGAAGUAGGUAUUGAUUUUCCCUUUGACAAAAAGAAAGCAGACCUGACGGAGAUGUUGAACACUGAUGCUACCAGUCAGUUAAGUGUUGAGGAUGUUUUUCACAAGUGCUUUGUCGAAGUUGAUGAAAAAGGAACUGAAAUUGCUGCUGCUACUGCUGCUUUGUGGGGUAUGAAGGCUUCCAAAAUCCGUCCACGUGUAUCCCCUCCUCGUGUCGAUUUUGUGGCAGAUCAUCCAUUCAUGUUCAUUAUAAGAGAGGGGCGAAGUGGCGUGGUGCUGUUCAUGGGGCAUGUCCUAAACCCUUCGAAUGAUUCAUAA